AUGAUUAUGAGAGAUAACUAUCCAGUCUCGCCUCCAAGCGACUACGAUACAACGACAUACACAUCGAUAUCCACAUCCACGCCGGACCAGAAGAAAGCGCACAUCACCAUCAUGGCAGAGGAGAUGAUCUCUUCGCUGCCGGAACCAUCCGUCACAUCCGUCAAGAUUCAGGGAGCCUUCCGUCGCACCAGGUCACCCCCCCGCAACGAGCAAGGCCAGAUGGUAUGCGACCACAUUAACUGUUGUGGCAAAAACCAAACAUUCAAACGCGUCUGCGAAUGGAACAAGCACAUGGACAGACACGAGAGGCCUUACAAGUGUCGAGAGGCCGGCUGCGAACUCAAUCCCGGAUUUACCUACUCGGGCGGGCUCCUGAGGCAUCAAAGGGAAGUUCACAAAAUGCACCUGUCGACCAAGCAGCCGCUGUUCUGUCCAUUUCCCAACUGUAACCGGAGCUCGGGCACCGGCUUCACCAGGAAGGAAAACCUCGAGGAGCACAAACGGCGCCGACACUUGGAAGAGUUGUCCGAUCACGGCCCAGGCGACGCGGCCUCGCAGCCUGUUGUGGGCACGGCGUCGAGCUCGACCAUGGCCCAAGAGCCCGCAGUCAAGCGACGGAGGAUCUCGACGGCUACAGACAUGCUAGGGUCGGUGCAGGGGCUACAAGUACAGCCUCAGCAGCAUCAGCAGCAACAACAUCUACAAGUGGGCAGCGAGGUUGCACCCACUCCUAUUGAAAACAUUGUCGGAAGCGCCGAGAGCCAGUUGAUCCAACAUCUCAGGGAUGAGCUGCGACAGAAAGAGGAUUUUAUCCGCCGCCAGGCUGCCGAGAUCCAUCGCCUCCAGAAUUUGCUACGCAGUUUGCCACCGCAGGCGAUCUACCACAUGCAGAGCCGGAUGCCUGGCAGUGGCGUCGGCUGA